CAGGAGGAGAGGGAUGAGCAGAGGUCUCUCCUGGCAGAGCAGAGUGAGGGUUCUGCCACUGGGGUGCCAGAGGCAGAGGAGACGUGGGGAGGCAGAGCUGAGGUUCCUGGAGAGAGCACCCUGUAUGCACCAGGAGCCAGCUGUGAGCCUGUGUUCCUGGGGGGCAGCAUGGGCGAUGUUCCUGUGCUCCCAGGGGGGAGCACCCCACAGCAGGGCAUGGGCAGUCCAUCCCAGCCUGCCAUGGAGGAGAGCACUGCUGGGGCUGGGGAUCCCAGAGGGGAGGGUGACCGGGUGCCUGCUGUAGUGGAAGCAGGCAGCACUUGUGCCUGCACAGAUAGCAGUGCUGGAUCUGAGAGCAGCCCGUGGGAGGGAGCACCUCUGGAAAGCUGUGAGCCCCCAGUGCCCCUAGAGCAGCUGUGCCAUGGCAUGGAGGGGAUCUCACCUGCAUCCUGGGCCAAGGAGCUGGCAAACCCAGAUGAGGAUGUGGGCUCGCUGCAGAAGCACCAGGAGGCUGAGAAAGAAGAGAGAGGUCUCCACAGCAGCUCCCCUACGGAAGGACAGAGCAGUGCCAGUGCUGGAACCCUGAGCCAGACCAGUGCAGGUGCUGAGGAGAGCUGGGAUGUGCUGUUCAACGAUGAUGGGGACUGCCUGGACCCACGCCUGCUGGAGGAGCUCUCAGGGGGUGAGAAGCACCAGGAGAGCCAGCAGUCACCCCGCUUCAACUACUAUCGGGCGGAACCUGCUGCUCCAGACAUCAGCGACGAUGAGCUGCCCCACGUCAUCGAGAUCUACGACUUCCCCGCGGAUUUCCGCACCGAGGAUCUCAUGCGUGUCUUCUGCAGCUAUCAGAAAAAAGGCUUUGAUAUUAAAUGGGUGGAUGAUACGCACGCCCUGGGCAUCUUCUCCAGCCCCAUAACAGCGCGCGAUGCCCUCAGCACCAAGCACCUGAUGGUGAAGACGCGCCCACUGUCCCAGGGCACCCGCGCCUCUAAAGCCAAAGCCAGGGCAUUUGCUGAGUACCUGCAGCCAGCCAAGGAGCGCCCUGAAACAUCAGCUGUCCUGGCCCGGCGGCUGGUGAUUGGUGCCCUGGGGGUACGGAGCAAGCAGACACCAGCCCAGCGAGAUGCAGAGCGGAGGAAGCUGCAAGAGGCUCAAGAGAGGAAGCGCCUGGAGAACAAGCAGCGGGAGGAUGCCUGGGAGGGCCGGGACUGAGCCAGGAGGCUGCACUUUGAGCCCAUGUCCCUCUCUGCAGGCGGGCAGAGCACUCUGCGUCUCAGAGCUGGGACACGUUCUGCACUGUGUCCAAAAGCACUGGGCUGCUUCACCGAGAGGGCUGAGCAGCGUGAGGGCUGGUUGGUACUGUGGGGAUGCUGUUGCUGUCAGGCAGCACUGCCCACUCUGCCCAGGGCAGAACCCCCAAGGCUGCCAGCCACAGCAGGAGCAGCAGCAGGAUGCAGGGAGCUCAGCAGAGAGCAUGGGGGGCUGUGUGGGGUGGCCCUGGCCACCUGGAAGGGCCUUGUGAGUGAGAGUUUCUGUCCUUUAUUUUGCUAAUAAAUGCCAUUUAUUUUA